AUGGCUUUGGUCAGCCUCAUGCAGCAGUGGACCCUGCAGCCAUGUCUACACAGCUUCAGCCUCUGUUUUGCGAAACUAUCUAUGGCGGCCAUGAUCUAUUCGUUGACCCCCAAGGCCCAUGCUCGUCAUUAUGCUGUUGCCACUGCAGUAUUUGUCGCCAUAUGGGCUCUGACAUCAGGGCUGGUUCUUGCAUUUGAGUGUGAUCCACCUCGAAGUUGGGAUUACAUUGAUGGGAAAUGUAUCAACAGCUAUGCAGCACGAGUCUACAUAGAAACAGCUAAUAUUUUCACGGAAGUAGCAUUAAUGAUCCUCCCAUGCCCCAUCAUAGCUCAACUAAACAUGCCUACGAAGAAGCGAAUCUCGCUAGCUUCAACCUUCUUCUGCAGAACCAGGUCAGACCUCACAAACGCAAAUCGCUCAACGAGCAUUCUAACCCUAGGUAGUGUUAUAGGAUCUCUCAUCGCGGAGAUAGUCUGCCUUGGACGGGUUGACUAUCAAGGUGAUCGUCUUUACACCUUCUGGCCAGUGAUAGUCUGCCAGCAAUUCGCACAAUUCACCUGCAUCGUCUCGACCUGUGUCGUAUAUCUACGGCCUUUUGUCACAAGUCUAGAGUCGGGCUUCAUACGGGUGGAUGAUGCGAGGCGGAGAGGCGAGAGUCGACUAAGUAGAUCUGCUCCUUCACAAAUCAGUAAAAGUUAUGGUGUUUGGUCGCAGCAGAUUGUAAACAAGCACGCGAAUCACUCAAACACGCAUGAUACAGUGCUUGAAAUGGAUUAUCUCAGCAAAACCUCUAUUAGUAGACAGACUAACCACAGCUCCGUCGGGGUAGAAGCUACUCGAGAUCGUGUGGAGAGGUCAUGCUAG